AUGGGCACCCAUCCUGUGGGACGUUUGAGGCUCAAUGCCUCAAACAAACGUAAGGUGGUACGCUUUUUUGCUGUAGAAAUUAAUUUUUUGCGUGGUACACUGAGUGAUCGAACCUUCGAGGUUGUACAAAAUGCCUCAAAUAUUCAGAUGUUUAAUUUAACUCGUGAAAAAGCGACAGUUCGCAUAAUUAAUAAUAGUGACCGUUUAUAUUUGUCAACAACACAAUAUGAAAAGGAAGAUCAGUCACAUCAUAAAUGUACAAGUGAUGAUCUGGAUCCACUAAAUCGUUACGUCGAUGGUCAAGAUUCUGGUGAUGAUACUAGGCCAUUAUCAUAUGUAAUGGAUCGCAUUGCCGUCAUGCAAUUUUCCAUACCAGGCGAAGACAUCAUCAUACACACUCAAGAAAAUGGUAUACGGCAACAAAUGGUUGAGUUUAAUCGUGUUUUUAAUUGUUCACGCGUUGCAAAGAUUGGUCAUGGUUGUGAUAACGAUGUGUUAAUGUUACAGAAACAUGGUAUUCAGAUACAAAAUUUAAUUGAUGUGCAAAUUGGCUAUCAACUAUUAACCGCAUGA